AUGGAACCCGAGACUGCGACGUCGAACGUCCAGGCCGCAAAGCCGGAACAUGCGGAUCUUUCUGGUAAGGCCAGACAAACGUGGCGAUUCCGCCUUGCCUGCGUGCAGACCAUCUAUCUCGACUUCGAAUAUGCUGUCGCCGAGCGUACCGACUAUACUAUGUGGCAGGUGCAUACUAGUAUCAACAACGAAUAUCGAAAAGCCCUGGUUCGCCUCCGACACUUGGCGCAAAACUCGGACAAGCAAAAGACCGAUAAGACGGCCAACGAAAAGCGCAUUGGUGACAAGGACAAGAACAAGGGGGAGAAACAAAGCACCCCAAAGCAAAAGGGUGACAAGCGCAAUGUGGAGCGACGGAAGUUUGGGGAUAAGUAUCUGGGCUUUCUACAUGUUGCUCAGGAGUUCUACAAGGGUUAUGUCCAGCGCCUCUCUGCACGAUACGACAUCCCCGAAUUGAAGCGCAUUGCUCAAGGCGUCGAGGUGGACGGAUCCUCCAGUAGCGAUCUCAUCAGUCCCGUACCCGAUUCGAUCUAUCCGCUGGUCAUCAAUUCAUGCCACUUUACUCUCAUUUGUCUCGGCGACCUGGCGCGUUAUCAGGUUCAGUCAGGCCUGAAGAAGUCGAGCUAUAAGGUUGCACUGGCCUAUUACAGUCUUGCUCACGAUCUGAAACCCGAUUCCGGUUUCCCGUUCCACCAGAUGGGCAUGAUAAGCCUCGAGGAAGGCAAAGAUUUGGAUAUCCUUUACUACUUUUACCGGAGCAUCGCAACGGCUGAUCCCCAUCCCAACGUGAAGCAGAAUCUUGAGUCCAAGUUCAAGAGCUAUUUUCAGCCGGAUAAGAACCCGUCUAAGAAGCAAGCGCGUGGACCAAGCGAUGCAUUCGUCACCUGGUUUACUAAACUUCAUGCUUCCUACUAUAGGGAUGAGACCAUGGCAGGCAGCGGGGAGCUUGAAAGGGAAGUUCUUCAUCGGCUUGAUAUGGCUUCCAAGAACCCUGACUAUUCCGAGGUUCUGUUCAGGAUGUCGCUGAUCAACAUGUCGAGCUACUUCAUCGCCACCCAGAAAUAUACCGGCCGCGAGAUCCCUGCUUCCGAGGACCCGGCAACAGCCAAAUCAACCCCUGUGAUCGAGGCGCUUCUACCUCUGCUUCGUAUAUACGGUAUGUGGCUGGCUGCGCGUCGCCAGGAAAUAUUUGCGGCUGGAAAAGCUCUUGGCACUGUACUGCCAGAUAUGAUGAAGGCUAUCUCAAAGGUCCUCUCACUACUGUGCAACGAGACAUAUACCCAGGAAAACCUGGCCUCAUGCCCAUACCUUCUCGCGGAGGAUGUCCAGACCCAAGGUCUGCUUCCCCUUUCCCCGGAUCAGGUUCCGCAAGCUUGCCGAUCCUACUUUUCUGAGAGCGGUGGCUUGAAGCCAAGACUGCUAUCCCCAGAGAGACGACUCGGCACUUUCCAGGAGACACUGGCACGAAUCUUGGACAUACUGCGAUGCGCCUACUUCCUGGCCGAGGACGACUUGUGCCCUCUUGCCGUCCAUGUCUCCGAGAAAGGCCUUGCUUUUGAGUAUAAGGAAAAGCCCACCGCGAACGAAGAGACUUCCCAACCGAUGUCUAUUGUGAGUUCUCCUACACGGGAACCCCAGAGCAACAUCAGGACUGCCAGUCGACAUCGCACCAUUUCGGAAACCACGCAAACAGGGAACCGGCUUGCGUCCAAGGCGGACGCGAGGAGGGCUUUUGUUGCAUCUAUCGAGACACAGCCUCCCCAUGAGCAGUCUGUACCUGACGAUGCUGAUAACACUGUCAUCAACAUGCUUGCUCCUUUCCUAAGGCCUCCUACCCCUGAACAGGCACAAUCUGGUCUCUGCUCCACUGAUGAGACCUCAUACGGAAUGCAUAGCACAACUGCGAACGAGGUCUUUGGAAUGCUUCAGGCCAGCCCUACCACAGGCUCCAUGCCCUCUGGCAAGUUUGAACCUCUUCCCUGGGACUGGGUAUACACCCCGACACCCCAUAAGGGUAACGAUACCUCGGUAUCAUACAAGGAUGCUUUCGAAGGCCCUAUUAGUCCUAACUUUUCUAUAAGAAAAACGUCACACACCGUCAGCGCAUUUGACGACCCUUUCACCAACUCCACCCCUCAGCUACCAACCAUGCCAACUCCUCGAGCUGGCAGUGGCAUGAUGGCCAGUCCCCGUGUUAGCUCAGCGGCCGAAGAGGCUCAUCGCAACAACUUGCUUCAAACUUUUGGUAGCUCCGCCCCUCGUACUUCGGUAUCCAGCCAAUGGGACCAUGACCACAACCGUACGGCCAUCGAGACAGCACCUCAAUCCUAUGGUCCCGAUGGCUACGCCACGUCUUCCUCUUUGUCUGCGUUCUCACACCCAAGCAGUUUGUAUCAAGGCACACCUGCUAAUGGCAUUACUCUCGGCAUGCCAACUGGAGUUGGUUAUAUGGACACGAGCCGCUACGAUCGCAAUCACGUUCAGGAUCCUGCACCAUCCUCGUCAGGCCGACGCUUUCAAAUGGAUGAAACGACGUCCAGCUAUGAUGCUGCCAUUUUGCAGGCUGCCUUUUAUGGCAAUAAGUAA